UCCACUCAGCAUGGGCCAGCUCGACGAGAGCCGUGACGAGCGGGCGGCCGCCGCCCGCUGCCCAGCCGAACAGGCCGCGCACAAGACGGAGCCGUGGCAGGCGGGUGAAGACAUGCCGUCGCCGACGCCACCGCAGCAGCCCGAGACGGAGCCGGACGUGCUGGUCGACUGCACCGCGGUCGCCACGAACCCGGUCAUCCACCACCUGCUGCAGGACGACUCGCACAAGGAGCAGUUUGAGCUGUACAUCUCUAAUCUGCUGCUGCAUGAGGAGGGCGACGGGCCGGCCGCCGGCGCCGACAGCCCGGCCAAACGAUGGCAGGCCCGCUUCCCGGUGCGACAGGUGAUGGCCGCCCUGGCCGUGUCCGUGGGCUCCAUGCUGGUAGGGUUCACAGCCGCCUACACGUCGCCUGCGCUGGCGUCCAUGCAAGCCCCCGACAGCCGACUGAAGAUCACCGACACCCAGGCUUCCUGGAUCGGCAGCCUGAUGCCGCUGAGUGCGCUCUGCGGCGGCCUCGUCAGCGGCUCGCUGAUCGAGCGGCUCGGCCGCAAGAUCACCAUCAUGGCCACCGGCCUGCCGUUCAUGCUGUCGUACGCGCUGAUCGCGUUCGCGCAGGACGUCUAUAUGAUCUACGUGGCGCGCGUGAUCGCCGGGCUGUGCAUCGGCACGCUCUCGCUGGCUAUGCCGGUCUACCUAGGCGAGACGAUUCAGCCCGACAUCCGCGGCACGCUCGGCCUCCUGCCCACCACUAUCGGCAACACCGGCAUCCUGGUCUGCUUCCUGGCGGGCACGUACCUGCGCUGGGACCACCUGGCCCUGUUCGCCGGCUGCAUCCCGGUGCCGUUCCUCAUCAUGAUGUGGUUCGUGCCCGAGACGCCGCGGUGGUACGUCGCGCACGGUAAACUGAAGGAGGCGGCCAAGUCGCUCCGCUGGCUGCGCGGCCAGGACGUCAACAUCUCGGACGAGCUCAGCUCCAUCACCGAGCACAUCACGGCGGCGCAGCGGACGCACAGCUCGCUGAGAGACCUCCUUUCCCCGCACUACCUGCGCGCGUUGGCCAUCUCGCUGGCGCUCAUGUUCUUCCAGCAGAUGUCCGGCAUCAACGCCGUCAUCUUCUACUCCGUCAGCAUCUUCAAGAUCGCCGGCAGCAGCAUCGACGGCAACCUGUGCAGCGUGGUCGUCGGCCUCGUCAACUUCGGCGCCACCUUCAUCGCCAACGUGAUGAUCGACCGGCUGGGCCGCAAGGUGCUGCUCUACAUCAGCAGCAGCCUGAUGGUGGCCAGCCUCGCUGUGCUCGGCGCCUUUUUCUACGUGAAAGAAGAGCUACCGCAGCAGCACGCGCUGGUGACUGAGCUUGGCUGGCUGCCGCUCGUCAGCUUCAUGGUGUUCGUGGUGGCCUUCUCGGUCGGCUGGGGUCCCAUCCCGUGGCUCUUCUUGGGCGAGGGUCUACCAGGUCGCAUCCGCGGUAGCGCCGGCUCCGUCGCCACCGCCUUCAACUGGGCCUGCACCUUCGUCGUCACCAAGACGUUCAACGACCUGAUCCACGCGGUGGGCGCACACGGCACGUUCUGGCUGUUCGGCGUCUGCACCGCCGUCGGCCUGCUCUUCACCGUCGGCUUCAUGCCGGAAACGCGCGGCAAGACGCUCGAGGACAUCGAGAAGAACCUCUUCACCACGCGACAGGGCAGCCUCAAGAAGCGCCCUGCCUCGCCCGUCAUCGACUGAACGCAGCCGCUGCUCGGCUGCGAGGCUGGCGGUGCCGGCGGCGCUGCCUCGCGCUCCGCGGCGGCAGAGGACCGCGAGCCGCGUGGGCUCGCACGCCGCCGCUGUUUGUUGCGGCGAUACGCUGCGCGUUUGUAUGCUGUUUGUACAAAUAUUGGCGCGUCCGCCGUCGGCUGGCGCGCAUUAUUGCGGCCUUUUGAGCCGCCCGUCGUCCUCAGUGUCAACGACAACCAUUUUGUAGCGUGCAUAUAUGCGAGUGUAAAUACUACGGACACAUUAUAAUAAUGUAUUAAUAAACAUAAUGAU